AUACCGCAGCCAGACACUAUAGUUGAGCGGCGAUGGCGUCUCGGUCACUUUUCGUUAAUCUCAGACGAAAAUGCAGUGCGAGCAACACUUGUCUUUCAAGAUCGUUUUGUUCAGGUGCUCUGAGCCAGGAAAUUGACGACCUCAAGUCCAGAAUCUUGAGGGUGAGGCUGCCCAAGAGAAGUGUGACCAACGUUCUUGAGAGAUGGGUCCAUCAAGGCAACCAAAUCACCAUCUCAGAGCUUCGCCAGAUCUCCAAGGAGCUUAGGAUGUCUCAGCGUCACAAGCACGCUCUCGAGGUAUCUGAGUGGAUGCUCGCCCAUAAUGAGUUUGAGUUAUUAGAUUCGGAUUAUGCAGUCCGCCUUGUCUUGAUGACAAAAGUCUUUGGUAUUGAUGCUGCAGAACGGUACUUUGAAGGUUUACCUCCUACUGCAAAAACUAGUGAGACAUAUACUGCUCUCCUUCACUGCUAUGCUGCAGCGAAAUUGACUGAAAAGGCUGAGGACCUCUAUGAGGGAAUCAAGGAUUCUAAGCUGUCCCUUAGUGCCCUUACUUACAAUGAGAUGAUGACUAUGUACAUGUCAGUUGGACAAGUGGAGAAGGUCCCUUUAGUUAUUGAAGAACUAAAAAGGCGGCAGGUUGCCCCAGAUAUCUUCACUUACAAUCUUUGGAUAAGUUCAUGCGCUGCAAUGCUAAAGAUUGAUCAAGUUAGAUGGAUAUUAGAUGAAAUGAGAUAUGAUCCUGGUUUUACUGAAGGCUGGGAGAGAUACAUUAACCUGGCCAAUCUGUAUAUCAAUAUUGGUCAUCUAGUGAAUGCAGAAUCCAACGCCCUGGUUGAACCUGAGAAAGGAAUCACACAAAGCGAAUGGAUAACGUACGACUUUCUCAUUAUUCUGCAUGCUGGUUUAGGAAACAAAGGUAGAAUCGAUCAGAUAUGGAAAUCCUUGAUAAUGACGAAACAAAAGAUGACAAGUAGAAAUUAUACUUGCAUUAUUUCCUCAUAUAUAAUGCUUGGGCAGUUGAAAGAAGUGGGAGAGGUUAUUGAUCAGUGGAAGCUUUCAACCGCUGAAGAUUUUGUUGUUUCUGCCUCUACGAGAAUUUGGAAUGCAUUCAGAGACAUUGGGUUGACAGAAAGAGCCCAAGACUUCCGCACACUUCUGAUUCAGAAUAAUUGUGAUCCUUUGAGUUCAUGAAAGUAGACCUUGAAAAUGAGUUUUGUUUGAGAUAAUUGAACGAAAAAGGAGCCCAUUUUGUGGCGUCUGGACAUCCCGAUGGA